AUGACGGCGUGCACAUCUGCUGCCAUUCAUCAGCGGAACCAGAAUGGUUAUUUUAGUGUGACCAAUGGCUUCCGUAAACAGUCGUUAACCAAUGGAGGUAAUACUCCAAAUGGCUUCACCAACGGCAGUGUUGUCAAUCGUUAUGUCCCCAGUGGACCAGUUGGUUCACCGACACAUAAGAAUCACUCGCCAAGGUCGAUACCAAGCAGCAAACUUCAAAAUGGCGGAUCUCAGCGAUCUUCUGUGGCAAGUUACUCCUCAACUGGUUCCGGCUCUAAUGGCGUGAACAAUUCAAGCCCAACACGAUCAAAAAAAACCCCACGACAAUCCCCUCCUGUCAUAGAAGAUGGCCUUGUCGUCGUAAGAAUGAGGCCUGAUAGUCAGGGACGGUUUGGUUUUAAUGUUAAAGGAGGUGCGGACCAGAACCAUCCGAUUAUUGUUAGCCGAGUGGCAACUGGCAGUGCUGCCGAUAAGUGUAAUCCCAGGUUGAAUGAAGGAGACCAGGUUUUAUUCAUCAAUGGUGUUGAUGUCACUUCUAUGCCUCACGAUCAGGUCGUUCGAUUUAUCAGAUCCGCACGUGAGACACCGAAAGGAGAGCUUGUACUAACCGUGCAACCAAACGUUUAUCGAUGCGGUGAUGAAGUGGACGAACCAGAUGUUAUGUAUGUUCCUGAAACGGUGCACGUCUCUAACAGUGUACCUCGUUCUAAUUUGUUGGCAGAAUCAUUACAUCUCUUGAAAGACGCUUUGGAUUCAGGGAAGACAGUUGCACAGUUUGAGCAACUCUAUCGAAAAAAACAGGGUAUGUCUAUGACUGACUGUCGAACGGCUGCUAAUCUUAACAAGAACAGGUAUCGUGAUGUUUGCCCUUACGAUGAAACACGAGUUCGAAUAAACGGGCCAUCUGGAGAUUAUAUUAAUGCAUCUUAUGUCAAUAUGGAGAUUCCUUCUAGCGGCAUUGUUAACCGCUAUAUCGCUGCACAAGGCCCAUUGCCUCAUACUAGCGGUGACUUUUGGCACAUGGUUUGGGAACAGCUCUGCACAGUGAUUGUCAUGUUAACCACGGUUGUCGAAAGGGGCCGGAUCAAGUGCCACCAGUACUGGCCUCGGAUGUUUGAAACACACGACUACGGUAAAUUACAGAUUUGUUGUAUUCGUGAGCGAGAAACACCAAGCUGCUGUUACAGGGAAAUCUCGAUUAAAAAUAGAGUGACCAAGGAAGAAAGACGAGUCACACAGAUGCAGUACACGGCGUGGCCAGAUCAUGGUGUUCCAGAUGACUCGAAACACUUCAUUGAAUUUGUUGAAGAGGUGCGUCGUGCUCGAGCUGGGUCUGUAGAUCCCAUUGUUGUACAUUGUAGUGCUGGCAUUGGAAGAACAGGCGUUUUGAUUCUGAUGGAAACAGCGUCUUGUCUGGUUGAAGCUAAUGAGCCAGUCUACCCACUGGAUAUUGUUAGAACGAUGCGAGAUCAACGAGCUAUGCUUAUACAGACACCGAAUCAGUAUAAGUUCGUGUGUGAGUCAAUACUACGCGCUUACAACGAUGGACUGAUAAAGCCGUCAGAUGAGUACCGUAAAAGAUCAUGA